UAAAUUAUCACAUGAUAAUACAAAAUGGCUUCCGCGUCGCCAAAAUCUAAAUUUGAUGCAGCAGUUAAAGUUAUACAUAGUUUGCCUAAAGAUGGACCAUUUCAGCCAUCGAGGGAGAUGAUGUUGUUAUUUUAUGGUUACUACAAGCAGGCAACAGAGGGACCAUGUACAUCCCCUAAACCAGGGUUCUGGGAUAUUGUCAAGAAGGCUAAAUGGGAAGCAUGGAAUAAGCUGGGUGAUAUGGAUCGGGAAACUGCCAUGAUUAACUAUGUUGAUGAACUGAAAAAGACAUUAAAAGAUGGUACCAAACAAUGGGACGAAAUGUCCAAAAAUGGUGAUCCAAGGAUUGUUGAAGCCAUGCCACAGACACAAGUUGUUGGUGACUUUAUGGAAGUGCUGGGUAGUUUCUAUGAGAUAGUUGAUGAAGACUCCCCCAUGAAAACAAGAUCAGUACUAAAUGGUGUUGCACUAGAUGACGGAUAUAAUACUGAACCUUCUACCGAUACUUCUACAGAACAUGGAGAUAUAUCAGAAAACAAUACAGAAGGUGACGAACCAGUACAACCUGAGGAAGUUAUACAAUCCAAUGGUAACAGUAUACAGAGCAGUGAUAGUGAAGAGGAAUUCUGUGACACAUCUGCUGAUCUAGAGAUACUAGGGGUAAACAGACAACCAAAUGGACCUGUAUCAACAGCCCAGAAUGUAGUUCCAGUUAAAUCACUGAAAUCCAACCAUGUAAGGUUUUCAGAUACCAAUGGAAAUGACUCGCCUCAUAGAGAAAUUAAUGAAACUAUACAUGUUGCUCAAGGAUUUCCUUUCAUUGCAUCAAACAAUGUUAAUGGCGAAGAAGACAUUUUGUGUGAAACAAGUAGUCCAUUGAACACUGCAGUAAGUGCUAGUAAAUUCAGUGGUGAUUUAAGUACGGAUAUAAGUGUUUCGAACGCUUCUAAUAAUAAUUCUAAUGUUGUGGGUGUGGUAGAUGAGGGUGAGGACCCACCAGAUGGAGGAGACAAAGGACAACAAAGAAACCAGAAACCAAGCCAAAGUGGCAGGAGAUCAGGGGCAUCAAGGACAAAUCUACAGGGUACAGGGGGUAGGAGAGCCUUACUGCCAGGUGGUGGGGCAGGUGGAGGGGGCGGAGCAGGGGAGCAAGGUCCUGUUGCAGGGACCAGUGGAGAUGCUAAUGAACAAAUUACUACAAUUCUAGUCAGACUACAACAGGAUAUGGCAAAUGUGCUAGACAGACUCAACAGAUUAGAGACACAGUCUAGACAGAGACAGAGAGAGGAAUCAUCUUGGAUUACUUCAAUAUUUAACUGGGGUCCAUUUGCCAACAGGGCUGGCAGAGCUGCAUUCUUCUUCCUUGUUUGGCCAAUUGUUGUUCACCUGGCUUUAUCAUAUUUUUCCAGAAGACGGAGGAAGAGAUAGGCAGAUAGUGGAACAUUAAUGUUUUAUUUCAUUUUAAUCUAUGUUAGUGAUACUUUUGAUCAAUUGUGAAAUUAGUACGGCUAAGAACAAGAAUAUUUUCAAAAUUUGUACCUCCGCUAAUUAAUAGCACAUACAGUCGUGACUUUUAUUUGUCAUAUUUUUUGUUUCCUUGUGUUCUUAAAGUCAGUGUUAUAAAUUUUACAGUCAGGUUAACAGUCUUAAAGAAAUAUUUUUCAGAAAAUCAGGCAAUAGUAAUUAUAUUAACAUCAGGUUUGUUAAAACUGCAAUAACCGGAAUAAUUUUGCUGAAGCAACAGUGCUUUUCUGGUUGGGCAUUUUCAUAAAAGUAUUUUGAUAUUUGUACUUAAAUUAGGUAAUUAUGUCUCCCACCAGACAGUGGUGUGGGAGACAUGUUGAUUUACUCCUGUCUGUGUGUGUGUCUGUCGGUCACAAAUCUUGUCCGCACUCUUAAGUCGAACAUUUCUCAUCCGAUCUUCACCAAACUUGAACAAAUUCUGUUUGCCAAUAAGUCCUUGGCCAAGUUCGAUAUCUAGCCAUAUCAGCCCUGGCAUUUCGAAAUUAUGGCCCUUGAAACUUGUUUUUGAUAAUCAAAGCACUCAAAGUCUGAUAAGGCAGUUGAGGUCUUUGUGCAUGGUUGACUCAUAUACUACUAUUCAGAUGAUUAGGCAGUUGUGGGAGACAUGCGCUUUUCUCAAAAGCAGCUCUAGUUUUUAGCUCGACUAUAUGAAGUAUAAGGAGAGCUAUCCUACUUGCCCCAGCGUCGGCGUCUUUCCGCGUCCCCACCUUGGUUAAAGUUUUGGUGCACUUUCUCUUUUUUCAAGGUGUCUCUGUAAUUACUUGAUGGAUUUGAUUUAAACUUGAAAUACUUAUUCCUCAUCAUCAUCCACAUCAUCUGACAUAAGGGCCAUAACUCUGGCACCAAUAUUUCAUGAAUUAUCCCCCCUUAUCACAUAGAUGUUCAGGUUAAAGUUUUGAUGCACUUUCACUCUAUCUCUGUUAUUACUGAAUGGAUUUGAUUCAAACUUAAAAUAGUUGUUCUACAUCAUCACCCACAUCAUAUGACACAAGGUGCAUAACUCUGGCACCAUUUUUUCAUGAAUUAUUCCCCCUUUUUACUUAGAAUUUCAGGUUAAAGUUUUGGUGCACUUUCACUCUACCUCUGUAUUACUGAAUGGAUUUGAUUCAAACUUAAAAUGGUUGUUCAGCAUCAUCACCCACAUCAUAUGACACAAGAUGCAUAACUCUGGCACAAUUUUUCAUGAAUUAUUCCCCUUUUUACUUAGAAUUUCAGGUUAAAGUUUUAUGCACUUCACUCUAUCUCUGUUAUUACUGAAUGGAUCUGAUUCAAACUUAAACAAUUGUUCAACAUCAUUAUCCUUAUCAUAUGACACAAGGUGCAUAACUCUGGAACCAAUUUUUCAUGAAUUAUUUCCCCUUUUUACUUAGAAUUUUAGGUUAAAGUUUUGAUGCACUUUCAUUCUACCUCUGUUAUUACUGAAUGGAUUUGAUUCAAACUUAAAAUAGUUGUUCAACAUCAUCACCCACACCAUAAUGAUGCAAGGUGCAUAACUCUGGCACCAGUUUUUCAUUAAUUAUUCCCCCUUUUUACUUAGAAUUUUAGGUUUAAGUUUUGAUGCACUUUCACUCUGUCUCUGUUAUUACUGAAUGGAUUUGAUUCAAACUUAAAAUAGUUGUUCAACAUCAUCACCCACACCAUAUGACACAAGGUGCAUAACUCUGGCACCAAUAUUUAAUGAAUUAUGCCCCUUUUUGCUUAGGAUAGACUUAUAUAGUGUUUUGAUACAUUUGAUCUUUACCGCUCUUAUUACUUUAAGUUGAUAUUUUUACAUAGACUCAGGCUAUUGUGCAAUAUCUUCAUCCACAAUUGGAGUCAUUAAACACUCCAGUGACAGCUCUAGUUUCCUCAGAUGUGUCCAGUUUCACUAUCAAGCAUCGAAAUAGUCGAGCGCGCUGUCUCCUGUGACAGCUCUUGUUUGAUAAUUUCUAAAUGCUCAUUGGCUCAUAUUGCAAUUUGUAACUGAACAACACUUACAAAGCUGAUUGGAAACGGUCUAUAACUUUAAUGUAAACAUUUCUUUUGUUAUCACUACCAUCAUGCUUGCUUGUUGUCAAGAAUCUUUUCAGAUUUGAAGAGGGAAAACAUUACAUGAUAUUUAAAAUUAACUUGAACUGAACUUUCUUCCUGCUAUAACUUCUACAUAAAAUCUUAAUGAUAUAUUGAUGUUUUUGUCAGUAUUUGACAGUAGUUAUAUUGAAUCAAAAUUAAUAUUUGAAAUGACAUUUUUAGGGUAACUUGUAUAUGUUACAUAUAGAGAACUGUGGUUGUUUUAUGUUAUACAUGUUUUAGACAAGUCUUGGUAUACACAUAAGUCACAUGGCUGUAUUGUUGUCUACUUAUAUAAUAAGUGGUAAAAAGUUUUCUUAAGACUUGCAUGCAUUUCCAGUCUUCAUAAAACAGUUAUAUUUCAAAGUAUUCUUACAUGUAUUUUUCAAAAUUAUGUAUCGAGGGUUGAACACAAUACUGUCAUAAGUCCUUCUUUAUUUAGUAGGAGUUACUACAGUAUUGCGUUCAACCCUCAAUAUCAUUGUUUCUUUCUAACAUAUAGUGCUACAUCAAAAUUAUACAAAUGUAGAAUUUAUACACCUUUGCAUUCAAAUGCUUUAAGAACAGUUUCAACAGUAGAACUUACGGACAAAUAAAUGUAUAUUAUUUUCAUAGAAAGUAACACAAUUCAAUUUUAAGGAGAGGAAAACAUAUGAGCAUCUUAUCAUUUUAUAUAAUUAUUAUGUAAAACAAAAUAAGAAAAUGCAGAAAUGUGAGAAAAACAAAUCAUGUAAAUGUAUCAGAAGAAUCAAUUCUAUGAAAUUUUGCAGCUGUAGUACACAAACAUUUAUAAUUAGCAAGCAGCCUCCAUUGUCUAGAGAAGAGAAAUACUUGUUUAGUGAAAAUGAGAUAUGAGAGAACAGUAUGUCUGUGAGUGUGAACUUUUACUGAAUUGUUUAUUGUUAUGUAAUAAGUUAUUGUGAAAAAUUUCAGCUGUGAUAUACAUUCCCAUAAAUGUAAUAAAUGACCUCGGAAUAAAGACUUUGGUUGUUUUCUGUC